AUGGGGAUAAGGGGGCCUCUCGACUCAGCCUCUUCGGGCACCCCCACCAAACACGUGACUGUGUUGUUUGUUAACCAGCCUCGCCUGGAUUUUGGCACCACCAAAUGGCUGGGCACAACUGCCCUCUUCAGGGUGAAUGUGGGAAAGCACAGGGAGGGGUUUGCCUCCGGCUGUAGACCUCUCAGCCUAGCUGAACUCCAAACCUCUGCCCUGAAGCUUCAGUUCCCCAUAAUCCCAGCUCUCGGGUCCAUUGACUCCAACCUUAUUGAAGCUACUUCCCCAAAACAUGUUUUGCAGCAGGAACGCAGGACUGGGAAUUUCCUGUGGCCAGGCAGAGGGAGCCAGGGCCCUGAUUGGGAAGAGACAGGGAGUGCUGAGAGCUGGUUGCCUUGGCUGAGCCUGGGCCACGUGCCCCACCCCCCGCUCCGGCGCACAUGUCUCUGCAGCAGCGGCGGCAGCAGCGGGCCUGUUUAUGAGCGCUGUUGUGGCUCCCACAUCCUGGCAGUGGUUGUCCUUCCCCGUGUGGUUGGCAACCUCAGUCCGAGGCGCACUGAGCUCAACGUGCCUGCCUGCUGGAAAAGUGUGUCACUGGGGCACGAGGCGCUCCCUUGGAUCACAUGGUACCUGCUCCAGUGCCGCGUGCGGGCUCGGGAGCCCUGGGCUUCUGGCGCCUGCGCAGAGCCCUCUGUCCCAGGGAAAGCGGCUCGGGCAAAGGCGGCUGAGAUUGGCAGACCAGAGCCACUGCAGACUGAUUGCACCCGCUCUCCCUUGCUGCUCCUCCCAUGCAAAACAGAUCUCUGCUACCCCCCCAGCUUCAUAACCUUCUGGAGGGCUUGCUGCCAUCUAGUCAUCCAAAGACUGUCGCCAGGUGCCGCGGACCCCGACCCUGAGGGUGCUAGGCUGGGGGAUUCCCCGCCGUCAGCCAGUGGCGCACCAACCCUGGACUCCAACAAUAACACAGGUGGAGUCAUCACCUACAUUGGCUCCAAUGGCUCAUCUCCCAGCCGAAACGCCCCCGUUUCUCUCUGCAGUGAGAGCUCCAACGGCAGCUUCCAGUCCCUGACCCAUGCCUUCCCUACCUACUUUCCACCCUCCCCCACUGGCUCCCUCACCCAGGACCCAGGCCGGCCCUUUGGGGGUGGUCCCCCUGGCUUGAGGGAAGAUGGCUCUCCUUCAUCAUCAUCUUCCUCCUCCUCUUCCUCCUCCUCCUCCUCCUCCUCCUCCUUCUAUAAUGGAAGUUCCCCUGGAGGACUACAGGUAGCCAUGGAGGACAGCAGCCGAGUAUCCCCCAGCAAGAGUACCAGCAGCAUCACCAAGCUCAAUGGCAUGGUGCUCCUUUGUAAGGUGUGUGGGGAUGUUGCCUCCGGCUUCCACUAUGGAGUCCACGCUUGUGAAGGCUGCAAGGGAUUCCUCCGACGAAGCAUUCAGCAGAACAUCCAGUACAAAAAGUGCCUAAAGAAUGAGAGUUGUUCCAUCAUCCGUAUCAACCGUAACCGCUCGCAGUGCCGAUUCAAGAAAUGCCUGUCUGUUGGCAUGUCCCGGGAUGCCGUACGUUUUGGGCGAAUCCCAAAGAGGGAGAAGCAGAGGAUGCUUGCCGAGAUGCAAAGUGCCAUGAACCUGGCUAAUAACCAGCUGAGCACCCAGUGCCCACCUGAGGCCUCACCUGCCAGAAUCCCUGCCCCUGGCCCACUGGGCUCCUCACCCCCAGUUCCAGCUCCUUCACCCCUUGUGGGCUUCUCCCAGUUUCCCCAGCAACUGACACCACCUCGAUCUCCGAGUCCUGAGGCCAAAGUAGAAGAUGUGAUCUCCCAGGUGGCUCGAGCCCACAGAGAGAUCUUCACCUAUGCCCAUGACAAGCUGGGCACAGGACCCAAUGGUAUAAAUGCCAACCAGACACCUAGUGGCCCCCCAGCAUCUACAACACCCCGCUGGGAAAACCAUUGCUGUCCUCCAGCACCUCCUGAUGACAACAAUUCUGCUGCCACCCAGCGCCACAAUGAAGCCCGAAAUGGACUUCGUCCAGCUCCAAACUCAUACCCGCCAACCUGGCCAACCACUACCCCCCACCAUGGAUGCCACCAGCAUAAUAGCAACGGGCACCGCCUCUGCCCUACCCACAUGUAUCAAACCCCAGAGGCUGAAACCUCAACUGGUUGUCCCUGGCAGGACCGCUCUAAAAACAUUCUGUUGGCGUGUCCCAUGAACAUGUACCCCCACGGGCGCAGUGGGCGAAGCGUUCAGGAGAUCUGGGAGGACUUCUCAAUGAGCUUCACACCGGCUGUGCGGGAAGUCGUAGAGUUUGCUAAGCACAUCCCAGGCUUCUGUGACCUUUCUCAGCAUGACCAGGUCACUCUGCUCAAGGGCUGGAACCUUUGAGGUAAGCUUUCCCUG